AAAUUUAUCUCUUUUUACAUUUUUUUGUUAUUUUCAUUAUUAUUGGAAGAAAUGGUGAACUGUUUUUCGUUUCUACUAUACUGCGUGGCAUAAUUUCGCAGUCACAUUGAAUUGUUUAGUUAUUGACGUUAAUUCAAGUCGUUUGGUUAGUUGUGGUUCGUCUAGUUUGUUUUGACGUGGUGCACAUACGGAAAUAAAAUGGAGGAAACUUAUCUUUAUGAUCCGAAUAUAUUACUCAAAUUGGAUUUCUACAAAAGUCCAGCAAAAUUCAAUCCAUUCAUUUCAGCUGCCAAUCCUGGUGAAAGUUGGUUAAAAGUGCGUCCACUGAAGGAUGGCGAUUAUGAUCGUGGAUUUCUGCAGCUGCUAUCUCAGUUAACCAGUGUUGGACAAAUAACCAGAACACAAUUUUUAACUCGUUUCUCACAAAUGAAAGCCAGUGGUGAUUAUUAUGUUACUGUUGUGGAGGACACACGAAAGAAUCUAAUUAUUGGUGCUGCUUCACUGAUAGUUGAAAAGAAGUUCAUACAUAAUUGUGCCACACGUGGUCGUUUAGAGGAUGUUGUGGUCAAUGAUACUUAUCGCGGCAAGCAACUUGGGAAAUUAAUUGUUGUUACCGUCACUCUACUCGCACAACAGCUGGGCUGUUAUAAAAUGUCCUUAGACUGUAAGGAUAAAUUAAUUAAAUUUUAUGAAACUUUGGGCUAUGAACUUAUACCAGGCAAUUCAAAUUCAAUGACUAUACGUUAUGAGGAACCUGGAACUGUGAAGCAUAAUAACACAUUCUAUGAACUUGAUAGCAGUGAUCCUGUCGUUGCUUGCCAAACUGUAGUUAGCAUUUUACCAUUUAAAAGCACUUUUAUUAAAUAAAAUUUACUUAAUAAA